UGGUCGCAGCUGCCGGCCACGCAAAAAAAUCUUGUUCUCGUUCCCCCGAGGUACCGAGAUUAGAGCAGACUCAUCGCAGAUCUCGUCCCAUCCAGAUGGCCAUGGGGGGGAAUAUAAUUAUCAUUAAAGCUGUCAUUGGAGCCACAGUGGGAGCAGGAUUGGCACUCUUUGGUGUCCCGGGGGGCAUUGCUGCACUGGGUUUCACCAAGGCCGGCAUCCUCGCCGGCUCCAUCGCUGCCAAGAUGAUGUCGGCAGCUGCCAUCGCCAACGGUGGCGGAGUGGCUGCAGGCAGCACCGUGGCUGUGCUGCAGUCCAUCGGAGCUGCAGGUCUUUCUGUUGGUGCCAAAGUUGCCCUGGGCUCAGCUGGCGCAGCAACUGGUGCCCUUGCUGUCCAAGUGAAAGAAACGUCCAAGUGACAAAUGUAAAAAAAGGAUAAAAUCCCAAGUGACCAACCCAAGAAAAAGUAACUCGUGAAAAACCUGCGCAGGAGACAACUCCAUACGAGCAAACCAGGAGAACUCCAGCAGGUUGCUGAUCCCAAAGCCGUGCCUUGCACAGUGCAGGUGCUGGGAAACCCCCACAGACCCCUCAGGGCUCUGCCUCCCCUUUCAAAAGGUUUGGAUUUUGUGAGCAGUGAUUUCCCUGAAGCCAAUAAAAGCUCCUUGCUUGCAGCAGA